UAGUCCCUUCCCUUUACUCGCCAUCUCACCUCAACUUUGAUUUCAUUCUGCCUCUCACGCACGCACGCUACACGAUUCGUUCUUGGCUUUCCUUGAAAACAAACAGAGAGGAAAUUCUUUAGCCGCUUGAAACUAAAAGGACGGAGAGAUGGAGAGCAUGUUGGAUGGCAAUGGAGCAGGGAGCUGCCUGGUGAUGACCGAGCUGAGCCGCAUCAAAGAGCUUGUGAGGCAGCUUGACGGGCACCUGGGAGGCUGUCCCGACCUCUGCAAGCACCUGGCCGCGCAGAUCGUCACCGUCACCGAGAAAUCCAUCGGCAUGAUUAUGUCCGGGCACUUCCACGGCGCGAAGCGCUCAGCCACCGACGCCAGCAUCGACUCGCCGGCUGUCCCCGCGACGCCUAGCCCCCUCGGUGGCGCCUGCGGCAUGCCUAAGAAGAGGAAGACGAUGGAGAAAGGGGAGCGUCGGGUCAGGGUAAGCUCGGCGGAUGCCCGAGAGGACGACGGCUACAGCUGGAGGAAGUACGGGCAGAAGGAGAUCCUUGGAGCCCAGCACCCAAGGGGAUACUACCGCUGCACCUAUCGAGCAUCUCAAGGAUGCGCGGCGACGAAGCAGGUGCAGCGCGCCGACGGGGACCCAACGCUCUACGACGUGACCUACCACGGCACGCACACGUGCCUGCAUAAGACGGCGGCGGCAGCCAAGAUGCAGCCGGCGAUGCCGAACACGGACGGUCUGACGGUGAACACCGAGGGGCUCACGUCCGGAGCUCAGCAAUCCACGCCCUUCAGUUUCUCCUCGCCGGCGGUGAGUGGACUGACACCGCCGCCAGAGCACUACCCAUUCUCGACGGCGUCGACGCCGGAGGACUGUUUCGGGCAAGGCGUGUCGCUCUUGCCGUUGUCCCAGCUUGAACUCUCACCGGCGACCUCGGACUGGAGCUACAUCCCCAUGAACCCGUUCGAUGAGGAUUUGAGGGCGCAGUCUGAGCUCCAAGAAAUGGUGUCCGCGCUACUCGAUGUAACGAGUAUGCGGGAGACCGCCUUCUCCCUCGACGAUUUGUUCGACCCGAACUUUGACGUUUCUUUCAUCCUUGCAGAGAUGUGAUGGACAGGAGAGAACACUGGAAGAAAAACAAGAGAAAAAAAAAACGCAAAGUAGAUAAUUAGAGAAGAAUCCACCUUCUGGUUCAGUGUAGCUUGUUGUCCAGCGACAGAGGAAGGAACAACAUACGGUUCUUCUUCCUUGGUCAUUGCAGCUGUACUGCUGAACAAUGUAAGCAGUUAGGAGAUGGGAAACUCAAAGUGUAGCCCGAGCUACACAACUCCUGUUCUUUUUACAAAA